CCUUUGAAAAAACAAAAGAAGUUUUAAAAUGUUGUAAUUUUUCUAUUUCAUUAUGUUUAAAAGAUUUAAAGGAAAAGAACAUAUUAAGGGAAUAACCCAGUUAAAAUCAUCUGCACAGAAAGCUUUAAAAAAUAGAAUUAUAGAAAUAUAUCCAGAUCUUGAUCCGUUUAUGAAUGAGAUUUUUCCUAAAAAAUCGCAGUUAACUCUUAUUAAAUGUGAGGAAAGGAUUUCAUUAUAUAGUCUUAAUAAUGAAGUUCUUUUUUUCCAAUACUUUGACAAUAUUUAUCCUCAUUUAAAAUUAAUUCACAAAUAUCCAGAUGGAUUCUUAAAAGUUCAAGCUGAUCAAGGUGUAAUUAAAUCGAUCCUUUCUGGCGCUAAUCUUAUGUGUCCUGGUUUAACAUCAAAAGGUUCCUAUUGUCCUGAUGAUAUUGAUGCUCAAAAGACAGUUUCAAUUAUGGUAUGUGGGAAAGAACAUGCGGUUGCUGUAGGUAUAACAAAGUUAUCUUCUAAUGAUAUAAAAAUAAUCAACAAGGGAAUUGGCAUUGAAAAUAUACAUUAUAUUGGGGAUAGUCUGUGGAAUUUGGUAUUAGAUUAAUAAUAUUAUUAGAAAUAUAUUCGUAAAUAAAUAUAAUUUA